AUUUAAGCCCUUGCAAAUCUGCCAACUGUUGUACUGUUCGAAGUUAUUGUAAAAUGUUAAAAUGUUUUUUGUUUAUUUUUAUCAUCAGUGUGUUUGUUCCGUUGGUGUUAGCUAUGCGAGGGAUGAUUUUGGGCCCAGGACGUUGGCUGGUGCUGAACAUCAUAGAAUGCGAGAACCCUGAUCAGUACGAAAUCAUGUACAAUAUCAAUCGCAAGAAGAUCAACCGCACCCAUGAUUGCUUCAACAUGAAUAUGGAACUUGAUAGGGUCAUCAAUACUACUUAUGCUAUACAUAUAGACGUAUACCAAGAAUUUGAUGGGCGCUUCAAUUUCUACAAGAAGAUCACUGACGACUGUGCUUGUAGUUUCGUUAUGACGCACGCGGGAGUGAGCGCGAAGAGAGCUCUCACUAUGGCUAAUAUUGAUCCCCCUGAUUGUCCAUUGCAACCGGGGCCCAUAACAAUAAACAACUUCGUGAUGGACUACAGAGAACUCUCAAGACAUAGUGUUUAUGGAACAUUUCAAGCCGACGUAUAUUUAUUAUAUAACAAAGUCAGAAUAGCUUGCACACGAGUCAUAGCUAACUUUGAGUAUGUGGAUGACGAAGCUGAUGACUUUGACUUUGAUGACUAUGGCGAUUUUUAAUAUUGUGGAGUUCUUUGUAAAUUUUUAUAUUAAAUGAUGAUCGACAAAUGGAAUUACACAAUUUAUUUUUCGAUAUAGAGUUCAAGUAUAGUCUACCACUUAGUAUGGUACGGCUUUGGUGGUGCAAAUUAUGUAUGAAUGUGAAACAUACUGUUCAAGAGUUUCUACGAUUUACCAAAACUGAAAUCAAAGAUCCUUUGACCAAAAACUCCCCUACAGUGAAUAAACUAAACAAAUGAUUA